AUGGGCACAACAGGUGUAUAGACCCGGGAAUCCAGCGCGGAGAUGGUGGGAACCCCUCAUAAUGGGCACAACAGGUGUAUAGACCCGGGAACCCAACGCAGAGAUGGUGGGAACCCCUCAUGAUGGGCACAACAGGUGUAUAGACCUGGGAACCCCUCAUAAUGGGCACAGCGGGUGUACAGACCAGGGAACCCAGCGCAGAGAUGGUGGGAACCCCUCAUAAUGGGCACAGCAGGUGUACAGACCUAGGAACUCAGCAGAGGGAUGGUGGGAAUCCCUCAUAAUGGGCACAGCG